AUGAUUCCAGCUCAAUCACAACAAGAACAAAAGCAACAACGAAUUCAACAAACUCAAAAUUUACGUAUUCGAGUACCUACAGGUCCAAUCCCAAUGGAUCCAAAAAAAGUUGUUAAAAGUUCAACAGCUCCUAAUUUACCAACAAGCAAUUCCCUAACGGUAACAUCAGUGCCAAUCCAAACAACCACGACAACCACACCAGCUGAGACGACUACAACGACAACCACGCCAGCUGAGACGACUACAACGACUACUACCACCACUACAACACGUGUGCUAGUUGAGACGACUACAACCACUAAAAUACCUGAACCAGUUCAGACAUCAGUUACAGAAACCACAACAGCAACAUUAACUUCGCUAAUCGAGAUAACUGGACUAAAUACUGCAGAAGGUUUGACUGCUACCGCUGUAACAAUGCAUGGAACUGUGAAUGGGGCUGGCACAGGUUCUGGUGAUUGGAGCAGGACUCAAACUAUCAUUUUGGCCACUGUCAUUCCUGUUGUUUUUAUUGUUUUAAUUGUACUGAUAAUUAUAAUCAUGUGGUUUAGAAAAUCAUCUUUGAAAAGUUGUUUUGCUGGUAAUUCACAUCCAUCAUAUCCAAUCAAACCAGAUCUUUUAUUAGAAACCCCUAUAGAAAUGAAUCAGGUUACACAUGUUUAA